AUGAUUAUAAAGGAAUAUUACAUCAACUAAUUUUAUAUCACAUUUCACAGUGUUAAGAGAAAUACUCUUUUUGCUAUUGUUCUCUUAUUCUUUUAUCUAUUAUGCCUUAUAUUUUUAUUAGCUGCUUAAGGCGUAAUUGAUAGAAUAUAGAAGAAUGAUAAAUAAAGUUUUAAUGAAAUUAGAGACUCUUUGUAUUUAGAUAAAACUUAUGGAGUAUGGAAAUCAGUCAUUUUUGUAGCUAGCAUAUCAUAUAAUUUUGUUUUUUUUUUGGCUUUCUUAGUUGAUUUAGCUACUUACAAAUUCAAAAAACAAUAUAAAACGGAAGGGAUAUUUAUGAAUAUCGUUAGCUUUCUAUGUAAAAUAUAUAUGAAUGUAAUAUUUAUCCCUAGCUUGUGGGGCUCAAUGAUAAAUUUACCAAGUCCGUUAGCUUUUAUAAAUUUAAUUUUCACCAUCUUCUUUGGUAUAGCUAUAGAACUACAUGAUUUUGAUUAUUGUUUAUUUUCAAAUACUUCAGACAAGCUUUCUAGAAUCUAACUGAAUUCUGCUUCAGUAUUUAAAAUUCUGAUUUAAGUUGUUUUAGCUUUUAAUAACGCAGUAUUGUAAUUAGAUGCCUAAGAUUUUUUAUGCUUUUUAUACAUAUGCUUUUCAAUAGCUUGCACAUUAAAAUACAGGGAAUAUAUUAGUUUUUAGAUCAGAAAUUUUAAAUUGAUGACUGAAAUUGCGUAUUUGAUUGUUGUAACUUUAGCGAUUUUAUUAAGAAGUAAUCUAGAAAGAGUAAGCUUUAUAUUUUUAAUGAUGUCUUUUAGUGGUUUUGGGUACAAAUUUGUAUAGUAGAACCAUAAAAUCUAAACAAAUUUUGAAGAAGGAUAUAUUAAAUUAAAUGAAUGGAUAGAAUAAAAAAAUUAAAAUAAAAUUUUAUUCUAUAUCUAAAAUGUCUGUAAAUAAUUGGAAAGAUUUAACUCUAUAGACUAUUUCUUAAAUCCUUAUUCUUACAUUUUAGAAACUAUUGCCAGUGAUCAUAUUAUUUACUGUUCAAAUUAAAAGAGGUGCUUCUGUCAAUUUUCAUAGGAUGUCAACCUCAAAGAUCUCUCUCUAAAAUCUCAAACAAAAGCAUAAUCAGUCCUUGAAAGUAAAUUUGAUGAUUACAUUAAUAGAAAAUUUCUGUUAACUCAUAUUGAUUAGUGCUUCUUACAAAUGAAAAGCUGGAAUAUUAAAAACAAGACCAUUAAUAAUAUUGAUUUUUAUUAUAUCAAUUUCUUGAUUGAAUAGUGUGGAAUUAGAGCUAAUGUUUUGUAUUAAAUUGAGCUAAUUAAAAGCUAAAUAUCAACAUAGUCUAUUUUUUUUUAAUUAUACAUUAAUUAUUUGGUAGAAAAGUCAAAAAGUAAUUUUGAAGAGUUAGAUAAACGCACAAAUUAAUUAGUUUUGGGUCUAAUCUUUGAGGAAACCCUUCUAAAUGCUCAAGAAUAAUUUGAAAAGUGCGUCGUAUUAAAAUUAAAGUUAAUGAGCUUGCUCAAUACUGAUUUCGUAGAUAUAAAUGAAUUUUAGAAGUUUGCAAUUAAUCUAUUUUAUAUGAGAAUUAGUUUUAAAAAAAAACUGUAAACACUAGCAAAAAUAAAUUACCAAAAUUAAAAUUUGAAAUAACUUAUUUCUUUGUAUUUGGAUAUUUUAGCUUUUAUAGAUACUUAAAAAUCAAUCAUAGACAAAAGUAAGAAUCAUAAAGAAAAAGCUAAAGCCUCAAAAAUAAAGAAACAGAACUCUGGCUAAUAUGAAUAAAAAUCAAAAAUAGAAUCCAGACUAAGCUCCUACUCUAAUAAAAGUAAUAUUUAUGAUCCUUUUGAUAAAAACGUUUGCGCCUUUUUCUUAAAGGUGAGAAAUUCUGAGUUAGGAUUAAUAUGGAGAGUAUAAGAAUCAUUUACUUCAAUUUAUGGGUUUAAAAAUCCUUUAAAUCAAAAUAUAAAUUUAAUAAUACCAAAUUCUAUUCAUACUCUUCAUAAUUAAAAAAUGAAAAAUUUUGUUUCCCAAAUAGGUCUUAAUAAUGAAUAGAUAAUUAAAUUGUCAUUUUCAAUAGCUGCUACAAGUUAAGGAUUCGGAUUACCAAUUUAAUUAGAAGUUUCUGUAGACCAUGUUUCCCAUUUUAAUGAAAUUGGGUUAGUCGUGAUUACUAGAGUGAUUGAUUCAGAAUAUCAUUAUUUGCUUUUGGAAAACAAAGAAAGACACAUUAAAACUAAUUUAACAACUAAAGAUUUUUUCGAGUUAUAUUUAGAAUAGCAUUACAAGCUUUCAGAAGUAUCUUAACUUGAUAUAUGUAAGAUAAUUCCUCUAUUAAGCUAUCAAUAUUACUUGAAAAAUAAUGAUAAUUAAUUGAAACAAACAAUUGCCUUUUUACCCUCUAAAAAUGCAGAAGGGCAAUAAGCAAGGAAUUAUUUUAAAAAUAAAACUUCUAAGUUACAAAAAUAAGAUAAUUUAGAUUUAGAUGUUUAUAGCAAUAACCCUGAUUUUGAGGCUUUUUUAAUUGAUUUUAAAUUGGUUAGAUUUAGCUCUUCAGAUUUUAAAUCUUGCAUCCUAUAAAUUAAUAAAUUUUAAAAAAUUCGAAAGUAAAAAGACAUUCAAUAUGAGCUUUCUCUACUCAGAGAGGAAGUAGAUAAACUGCUAUCGAAUCAAGGUUUUUAAUAAGAAUUUAAUUCUGAAGCUUAUGAAUAGUGCUUUAAUAAAUCUUUCAGAGAGUAGUCUAAAUAAGAAAAUUUGCAGACUUUUACAAAACACACAAAUUAAAUUUUGAGUUCUGAAAGGCUUUUUAGUAAUUGUUUAUUAUCUCCUAACAGUACAGCAAUAAAUGAUACCAAGAGAUCAAUGAGUUAAACAUCAAAUGUUGAUUAUUUUUUAUCAGCAAAUUUUAAAAAGACGCAAUUUCUUAAAUAAUAAUCUGACAAGAGUUAAGAUGAUGCAACUCUUUCAACAUAGCGUAUAGAGUUACAGCCAAACAGCAUAAUUUAAAUACCAUAGUCUAAAAUUUCAUAAACAUCAAAACACGUCAACAGUAUUAAUUAACUUCUAGGAUUUGAAGAACCAACACUAAAGCAAGAUAUUUUCAAUUAGAAGAUAGAGGAAAAAGAUGUUAAUGAUGAAAGCAGUGGGUUUAAUUUGGAAAUAAAAAAUGUUUAAAGUAUUAGAUAGAAAAAGGCUACUUUAGAAACUCAAAGCUUUGCAAAGGAUUUUAACAAUUCUUUUUAAUUGGGUCAUUUGACAGCUCGAGAUCAUUUAAAUUAAAAUAAUUCAAUAUUAACAAACCCAAACUAAAAAAGCAUCCAUCCUUUUAAUAAUGAAAAUAUUUACAUAGAAUAUGCAGAUAUAAAAAGCUCCCCAGCAAUAGCUUAAACUUAAAUUUAAGAAAUGAUGCAAGAAUCAGAUGAUUAGCAAAACUAACAAAAAAGACAUAACUAUCUAAAAUAAACUACCUAAGGUGGAGAUACUACGGGAAGAAAUUAUAAAUAAUAAUAAUCUGGUUAGCAAAUAGAUUAUGUUAGUAGUGAUAAUGGUAAUUCUAGUUUCUAAGCAUCUAAAAUAAAAAAUAGUACUAAAAUAAGAGCUGCUUAAUCAUCAAUAUAAAGUUCUUAGAGCAGCACUUAAGAGGCACUAAAGACUGUUGAAAAGAAGAUAAUGUCAAUAAAAACAAGUUUCGGUUUAUAAAUUCUUAACUUGUUUGGAAGUUUAUCAGUUCUCUUGAUUGUUAGUAUGAUCAUUAUAUAGUAUAUUUCUAUUUAGAAUGCUUUUAGUAAGGCUAUUACUGAUUAUUAAUUCGUUUAGUGGCCUAUGGAAACAUCCUCAGAAACAACUUUGAUAAAGUAUAGCAUACAAAUGAUCUUGAUUUUUUAACAAUAACUCUUUCCUAAUUUUAAUUCUCAAUGGAUAAGCCUUGAGAAAGAUAAUAUGUAGCAAAUAAAAUAGCUUUCAGUAUCAACAUAUAAUUUGUUUAGAAGCUAAAUGGACAGUAAUUAUGAUUAUUCGCCUUAUUUUUUAUAAAUAACAAAAGAUAGAAUUACUUUUAUCAAUAUGUAAGAUUAUUACUCUUUUCCAAUAAAGUAAUAUAAUAUUACUACUGGUAAAUCAACGUUUAUUCAACAAUACAUGUCAGCACAUAAUAGCUAUUACUAAUUCCCAGAUGAUUAUACAAACUAAGCAGCUAUUAUUACAGAUAACUACAAUCUAUACAAGAAUUUAAUGGAUGAUUUGAAUGUGAUAAUUAUUGAUAGUUCAACAAAAUCUUUAGAUUCUAUUUAAUAAAAUGUUUAAUUACUAAUGAUUUUGAGUAUAACUCUUUCAUUUUCUAUGGUUUUUCUAAUUAUACCUAUAAAUGCAUAUAUUUAGACGUAAAGAGAAGAAGUUUUAAGACUAUUCUCAACGAUAUCCUAUACAAAUAUUAUGAAAAUAGCUUCUCCAAGUUUGAUUUUUUUGUAAAGUAUGACUUAGACUACAUUUAGUAAGGGUAUUAAUUCUAAAAAUGUCUAAAAUAAGAGGCAAGAUAGCAUCAAAAGAUAAAGUUAAUCAUAAGUAAGAAAUACUGCUUAGUUAAAUAAAAAAAGAAAUGAAUUCUUAAUAAACUAAACAGCUAAAGAAAUUAUUUGUAGAAAUCUGGAAAUAUCAUAAAAAAAAAAAAAUACUUCUCUAACUAAUAGUCUACCAAAAGUAACUUUAAAAAUCUGCUUGGGUUUGUGUGUACUAUUUGUUAUUAUAAUUACUAUACCAAUUAUCAAUUAGAUACUAGCUUAGAAUUUUAAGGAUGAGCAAAAGGUCACUAUUAAUUUUAUACAUUCACUCUUUAAUUUGAAGAAUUCUUUAUGUGAGUCUAUAUACUUUACCUAUGCAACUAUAUACUCUAAUUUUAAAUUGUAGCAGGGAGCACUUUACAACUCUUAAGUCUUUGAAUAAAUGGCUCCUUAAAUAUUGAAUCUAGCUGAGAAUAAUUUACAGGAUUUCAGCGCUAAAGUUUCUGACUCAUAACAAUAAACUAGAUAUGGGUAGAUAGAUUAUGAAAAGUUUUUUUAUCCUGUUUUGCAGUAAGAUAUUUGCCAAACUUUAAAAGCUAAUCCAAAUUUUUCAUAAAACACCAAAUAUAAUAUUAAUUUAAGCAUAUGUGAUCAAUAAUAAAACUUUAUACUCAAAAAAGGGUUACAAACUGCUUCUAAAUAUUAUAUUACUUAGCUUAAUUCUGCUUUCUAAACAUCUGUAUCUGCAGACUAAGCUAAUUAUUACAAAAUAAUGUAAUCAUGGCAAACUGAUUUCGAUAUUAAAAAUUUUGAUUCAUUUUUCAAAUUUAUGACAUCAGUCAUUAAUAGUCUUUCAGAUUUCAUAACUCAAAAAGGUAAUAGUUAUAUAAAUCAAAUGCAGUUAACAGAAAUAAUAUUAACAGUACUACAAAUCAGUAUUUUAGUAAUUGUUUAUUAUUUCGGAUGGAUAACAUUUUAUUAUAGAACUUAAUUUGAAAUGAAUCAAACAAGAAGACUCCUUAGUCUUAUUGAUAUAUAAAUUAUUAUGGAUAAUUCAUACAUGCUUUCUUAUCUUAAUAAAAUAAAAUGA